AUGAAGUACACACUCACAGCACUUUCCAUGCUGACCAUAGCUGUGGCUCAGCAAGUCGGCACCGAAGAGUCUGAGAUACACCCCAAACUAAGCUGGCAAAAGUGUACAUCUGGUUCAUGCUCCAACGUCAACGCCGAGGUCGUUAUCGACGCCAACUGGCGUUGGGUCCACGAAGUUGGUGGAUAUCAGAACUGCUACGAGGGCAACUCAUGGACCGGACGAUGCUCUAAUGCAGACGACUGCGCCAAGAACUGCGCUGUCGAAGGAGCGAAUUAUAGCGGUACUUAUGGUGUUUCGACAAGCGGAAACGCCCUGACAUUGAAGUUUGUCCAGCAGCACUCGUAUGGCAAGAAUAUCGGCUCUCGCAUGUACCUGAUGAACGGUGACAGCAAGUACCAGAUGUUUACUUUGUUGAACAACGAGUUUGCCUUCGACGUUGACCUAUCCACAGUGGAGUGUGGUAUUAAUAGCGCUUUAUACUUCGUUCCUAUGAAGGAAGACGGUGGUCUCUCCUCCGAGGCCAACAACAAUGCUGGUGCCAAGUACGGUACUGGUUAUUGUGACGCCCAAUGUGCCCGCGACCUGAAGUUCAUUGGUGGCAGGGGCAAUAUCGAAGGUUGGGACUCCUCUGAGACCGACAAUAGCGGCGGAGUUGGCAACAUGGGCGCUUGCUGCGCCGAGAUCGACGUUUGGGAGUCCAAUGCUCAUGCCUUCGCUUUGACCCCCCACGCUUGCGAAGACAACAACUACCAUGUCUGUGAGGGUGACACUUGUGGCGGCACUUACUCUGAAGACCGCUACGGAGGCGGCUGCGAUGCCGACGGUUGCGAUUACAACCCGUACCGCAUGGGUAACCGUGACUUCUACGGUCCUGGCAAGACAAUCGAUACCAGGAAGAAAUUCACCGUCAUCACUCGCUUCCUGCCUGAUCGCAUGUACCAGGUUUUCAUCCAGGACGGCAGGACAAUUACUGUUCCUGGUGCGAAGUGGGACGGUAUUCCCGAAACCUCCGACAUUACUCCCGACUACUGCAGAGCUCAGUUUGCUACCUUUGGCGAGCGCGAUCGCUUCAACGAAGUUGGCGGAUACCCUCAGCUAAACGCUGCUCUCGAGAUCCCUAUGACACUUGUGAUGUCCAUCUGGAGCGACCACUACUCCAACAUGCUCUGGCUGGACUCCGUCUACCCUCCCGAGAAGGCCGGUCAGCCCGGCUCCGAGCGUGGACCAUGUGCUACAAACUCCGGCGUCCCCGCCGAGGUCAUUGAACAGUUCCCCAACGCCCAGGUCACAUGGUCCAACAUCCGAUUCGGCCCUAUUGGAAGCACCUACAGUGUUUCAACUUAG